UUAAUAGUAAUUGAAUAAUUAGUAAAAUCUUGGCCAAUGGAGGACAAACGUCUUGAGAAGCGAAAAGAAUUCUUGAACCCAGUCAAGGACGGGAGAGUCAAGCGUGAGAAAUACAUGGUAGAGCUCAGAAAAAAGAGGAAGCAGGAUAUGUUCAGAGCUAAAAGAAGAAUCAGAGUCUCUACAGGAGAAGAAUCACCCCAUAUGAAAGUGGAUGAUGAUGGCACCAUUGAGAAAGUAGGCAAGCUAGCAGAAUACAUCCAGGAUUAUGCAGAAAUCCUCCAAACAAUUUGCCCCAUUUUGUUUGAGAAGGAGGCAGAUCUUAGUGACAAAUUAAAAGAAGUGAAGAAAUUAUUAGGGAUGGAUUGUCAUGACAGGAAAACUUACAUCGCUCUGUGCAGUUAUUUGCGCCAUUUAAGCAGCAAAGAUCCUGAUAAAUAUGCUGUAUUUAUCAUUAGAGAAGAACUCUAUCCUCAGAUUAUGAAGAUUGCAUCUGCUCAUCAUGUUCUAGACCUCAUGUUAGAAAUCACUUGGAUAUUAACAAAUCUCUCUUCAUGUGAAGAUAAGAAUAUCACAGAAUACUUGUGAGGAGAAGAAUUCGGGCUAAUAAAAUAUUGUCAUGCUAUGGUUGGACAAGAGGAUUUAAAAAUUGUAGAACAUGCAAUAUGGAUUCUAAAUAAUCUUAUGGCUGGUGACGAUGCUCCUUUUGAGCAAAUUUUCGGUACAGGUUCUGGUCUGUUUGAAGCAAUCGAAAAGCUUUGUGAUAGAUCUCAAAUUCCUCUAUGCAUGCUCAGAGUUAUGGCUUGGAGCAUUUCAAAUAUGGCUAAGUGAAAAACAAGGAGUUCAGAGUUUAUUGUAGCUUUAAUUGAAAUUUGUGGAACUACAUUAUUCUGUCAGGAUACAAAAACACAAGUUGAUUCUUGUUACUGUCUAAAGCACCUCACUGAUAUUGAAGAAGAGGAUAAAGAACAAGAAGCUGAUAAAUUAAAAUCCAUAUGCGAAAGUGGCAUCAUUCCAAAGUUAUCCUCAUUUCUGGAAUUAGGACACCCAUGCUUUACUAUUGCAUUGCGAACUCUAGGAAAUCUUAGUGCUGUCGAUUGCUUAAAUACCCAGAAACAGAUACUCUCUGAAGGAUUCUUUUGCAAAGCAGCAGAGCUUUACUGACUUCCAACUAUUUAUCCUAUUACAGUGAAGGAGCUGUUCUGGAUAAGUUCCAAUCUUAUUAGCGGUUCUGAACAAUUUGCAUGUGAGUUUUACUCGUCUGCCUUGUUUAGCAUAGUUUACAAAUACAUCAAGGAAAACCCAAUGAGCGAUGUUAUGAGAGAGGCUUACUGGUGUAUGAACAACUUCGUUGAGAAGAUUGAUAGCGCUACUAGGAUGGAACUAAUCCAGCAUAAAGAGUACCAUAUUAUCCCAUUAUUUAUACAUAUACUCAAGGAAGCAAUUGCCUUUGGACCAAAUGUUGAGCAUAUUUUGAUGAGUAUUGACUUCUUGCUGAGAACUUGAAAGCAUUUUCAUGAUGAAGACGAACAUCAUCCUCUUUUUCAGUUUCAAGAUCAUGGGGGUAUUGAAUUGUUAGAUAGUCUGUCAAGCUCGAUCAAUGUUACAGUUUUCACGCUUUCACAGAGACUUUUGAAGACAUAUUACCCGAACAAUGACGAAUAUGAUGGAAAGAACACACAAAUUAGCAGGGAUGAUCUAGAAUUUUAGUAGGCUAAUUGUUUCAUUCAAUUCUUAAAGUAAA